AUAUAUAUAUACACACACACAUUACACACACAAACACACAUUAGCAAGCUCGAUUGGCCGCCUCUCCUCCACUUACACCUAUCCGCUUCUAAGCCCUAACCCUAAUUCCAUAUAUUUUUCCCUAAUAUAUAUACCUUCCCCUUUUUUCAUCUCUCUUGCAAAAAAGUGCAGCUGUGGUUGUUCUAAUUGGUUUCAAGGCUGAAGUGUAGCAAGAUCGAAGCUUCUUUUAUGUCCGAACAAGCCACUCUCCUGUUGGGGUCAAUUGGGUUUCUUGGAGAGCAUUGUCGUACUCACAUCUCUGACCGCAUCGACUGUAUGCAUUUCGAGCCAUCUCUGGAAUAUUCUUGGUUUUGCGGUUGCAUCAGAUUGCAACCUUCCAUUUUUGCUUCCGAAAAGUACUCGGGCGACACUUUUUUACUCGACUCGGAGACUUUUUUGGCGUGACAUACAAACGAAUUCCUCAGAGAAAAAAAGAUGGCUUUACAGAACAUUGGUGCUAGCAACAGCGACGAUGCCUUCUACAGGUAUAAGAUGCCGAGAAUGAUCACCAAGAUCGAGGGCCGUGGAAACGGCAUCAAAACCAAUGUGGUGAACAUGGUCGACAUUGCAAAGGCUCUGGCUAGACCUGCUUCAUACACUACCAAGUAUUUCGGUUGUGAACUCGGAGCACAGUCGAAGUUUGACGAAAAAACAGGAACCUCCCAUGUGAACGGAGCUCACGACACUUCCAAGCUCGCUGGCCUUCUCGAGAAUUUCAUUAAGAAGUAUGUGCAGUGCUAUGGCUGCAAAAACCCUGAAACUGAGGUUUUAAUUACCAAGAAUCAGAUGAUACAGCUUAAGUGCGCUGCCUGUGGGUUUCUUUCGGAUGUGGAUAUGAGAGACAAGCUCACGACUUUCAUUGUCAAGAACCCACCUGAGGUUAAGAAGGGAUCGAAAGACAAGAAAGCUAUGAGGAGGGCUGAAAAGGAGCGGCUCAAAGAAGGCGAAGCUGCAGAUGAAGAGCUGAAAAAGAUCAAGAAAGAUGUUAAGAAGAAGGUUUUGUCCAAAGAUGGAGUUUCGAAAACUGGGUCGACCCGAAAGAAGAGUGGAAGUUCGGACGAGGAGCAAAAUUCACCUCCGAGAAUUAAGGAUGUUAAAAAGGAAGAGGACGACGAUGAAGAUGAUGACGAUGAUGAUAUUCAGUGGCAAACCGACACUUCAUUAGAAGCUGCUCGACAGAGCAUACAGGAGCAGCUCAACGCUGUUACUGCGAGCAUGGUUAUGAUUUCCACCGAAGAGAAAGAGAAAGAGAAAAAGCCGAAGGCAACCGAGAAUGGGAAGACACCUCACAUGAAGCUCGUCGACGAGAUUAAAGAAAAUAUUAAAACGGGUAUUAAAGCAAAUGAGUUUCGGUCGUUUUUAGGGUCGCUUUCGGGUACUGCACAAGAGGUGAUGAACGCUCUUUACGAGGCUGUUGCAUGUGGUGUCGAAAAGGGUUUCUCGAAGGAGGUUAUGAAAAAGAAGGGGUAUUUUGCGGCUGCUGUUUCUGAGGGUGAAGAUUCGCAGUUGCUUUUGCUUAGAGCGAUUGAGGAGUUUUGUAAGAAGACGAAUGGGUUUGCGGUUAAGGAAGUGGCGCUCGUUUUGAAAGCUCUGUACGAUGGAGAUGUGCUCGAGGAAGAAAACAUUGUGCAGUGGUAUCAAGAGGGAUUGGCUGGGAGUAACAAGUCGUCUUCUGUCUGGAAAAAUGCCGAGCCAUUUGUUGAUUGGCUGAGAAGCGCUGAGUCAGAGAGUGACGAGGAAUAAAAUAAUUUUGUUUGGUGGCGUUGUUUUUCUAUUCGAUCCGAGACAUUUUUUUGGUCUAUGUCUGUUUUUUUUCGGUUUUUAUUUUUGUCUGUCGUUUAUUUGUUUGGGUUUGUGGUGUUUGGUUUGUGGCCUAUGUGAUGGUUGUGUUUCCUAAAUAAUCGGAAUAAUUAUGUUUUUCGUGUUCUU